GCAGCCAGCCGCUUCCGCAGAGGGCUUUCCGGAUCUUGAGCGGUGCGGGCGUCGGGGCGUGUGCCUCUGCGGCCGCCUGGGGGCGCUCCUCCAGGCCUCAGGCUCUGCGGAGCUGGUCUGUGCAGGGGGACCGCCAAAGGGUCGCUCGUCGCUGCACCAUGGUCCACCUUACAACCUUCCUCUGCAAAGCGUACCAUGGGGGCCACCUAACCAUCCGCCUUGCUUUGGGUGGCUGCACCAACCGGCCCUUUUACCGCAUUGUGGCAGCUCACAACAAGUGUCCCAGGGACGGCCGCUUCGUGGAGCAGUUGGGCUCCUACGAUCCACUGCCCAACAGUAACGGAGAAAAACUGGUUGCCCUCAAUCUGGACCGGAUCCGGCAUUGGAUUGGCUGUGGGGCUCAGCUCUCUAAACCUAUGGAGAAACUUCUGGGUCUUUCUGGCUUUUACCCUCUGCACCCAAUGAUGAUCACAAAUGCUGAGAGACUUCGGAGGAAGAGAGCUCGCGAAGUUCUCUUAGCGUCCCAGAAAACAGAACCGGAGCCUGGAGAAAGAGAAGCAAGCUGACGUCAGUGCACACAGUUGUGGCUGCAAGGCCAAGGGCCUUCACAACUCUUGCGUAGAACUUUUUGUUGGGUUUAAGGAUCAAUAAAUGGAGUUUUCCAA